ACCUUAUAUAAAAUGCACUCGACAGGCCUGGCCCACCCACCCGAAGGGAGUCGUGAGACGGAGCUUGUGGCUGCUUCUUCCUGUUUCUGCCCUCUGCCCCAUUCAGGACUGCGGGGGACCCCCAGCAUCCCAGGAAGGGAACACUUCAAAUAUAAUAAGCGGAGGAGAUUUGGAAGAUGAACCAAGAGCCAUCCCCUAAAUUGCUGAUGUCUGGAAGCACAGGUCCUCAAGAUGGCGGGGAAAAGGAGAAGGCCUGUGUGGAGAAACGCAGCUCCCGGGUGUUAAAAGCUUUGGAAGACCAGGGCAUCCAAGCCACCCAGGCUCCUCGCAUUGCUGUGCUGGGUUCGGGCGGUGGCAUGCGGGCACACAUCGCCUUCCUCGGGGUCCUGAGUGAGUUGAAAGAACUCGGCCUGCUGGACGCCAUCAUGUACCUGGCCGGAGUCUCAGGCUCCACGUGGGCCAUGUCUUCAUUGUACAGCAACCGUGGGGACAUGGCCAGUAUCGAGACGGAACUCAAACAGCGAUUUGAGCAUAAGGAGUGGGAUGUGUUCAAGAGCCUGCAGAAAGCCAUCAACGCAUCCAGAUCCAAGAAUUACUCUCUCACUGACUUCUGGGCCUACUUAAUUGUCUCCAGACAGAGCAGAGAGUUCCUGAGCGCUUGUCUGUCCAGUCUGAAGGAGGAUGUGGAGGCAGGGAUGCUCCCCUACCCCAUAUAUGCCGCCAUUGACAAUGACCUUCAGCCUGAAUGGGUGAAGGCAAAAACCAAGAAUUCCUGGUUUGAGUUCACUCCUCACCAAGCUGGCUACCCCACCCUUGGGGCGUACAUCCCUGUCACCCAGUUUGGAAGCCACUUCCAGAAUGGAAAGCUGAGCAAGCUGGAGCCUGAACGAGACCUUUCUUUCCUGAGAGGUUUAUGGGGAAGCGCUAUAGCGAACACGGAAGAAAAUAAGAAAUAUAUAUGGGAUGAGAUUUUGAACCUGAAAAAUGAAUGUUUGUCAUGGAGUCCGUCCGAAAAAGGGCUGCAUGUCCUCGCCUCUUCUCUCUGCCCAGGGCUGAGUAAAGAAGAGUUGGCGGUGGAUACUUUGCUCCUGGACUUGCUGGUGGAGUACACCACAGACCCGAAGGCUCCAGACCUCUAGGAGAAGCUCCAGGCUCUGAAGCAGGCCCUGGAUGCCAACCCAAAGAAGUAUGGUACUAUGUGUGGGAAGCUGGCGGAGAAGAUCCUGACGUGGGAGACCAUGUCCCAGGAGGAGCAAAGCCAGUUCUUGCAGAGCCUGGUGCACUCUUGCACAUCGCAAGGGCAGCCUGACCAUCUCAUUCCGGAGGCUCCUUCUCCAUUUCUCCCUCUAGAGUCAUUCUUGAGCUGGCCAUCGUUUUUGAACAAAACCAUAGUGUGCUUGUGGAACUGGGAAUGGGGAACCAUUUACAACUACCUCCACAAGCCAGGCUCUGCGGAUGACAAGAUAGUUCAGGAAAUGUGUAGCCGGAAGCUCCUUCACCUGGUGGACGCUGGCUUGGCCAUCAACAGUGCCUAUCCCCUUGUCCUGCCCCCUACCCGGGAGGUCCAGCUCAUCCUCUCCUUCGACUUCAGUGAUGGGGAUCCUUUUGAGACCGUCGUAUCCACGGCUGACUAUUGCAGUCUGCAUGGGAUCCCCUUCCCCCCUGUGGACAAAGCCAAGCUAGAGCCCUGUGCCAUGGCCCCCGACAGUUGCUACAUCUUCAAGGGGGACACCGGGCCCACCGUGAUGCAUUUCCCCCUCUUUAACAAAUGCAACUGUGCAGAUGAUAUCGAGGCUUGGAAGCAUAAAUACAGCACAUUCAAAAUCUCUGGCACCUACUCGCUGGAGCUGGUGAACGAGCUCCUGGACAAGGCCAAAGAGAAUGUUUGGAAGAACAAGCAGAAAAUCCUUGACACGAUCAAGGAGAUGGUGGGAUGCUAAGUCAUCCUAACCCCUCAUAGCAGCGAUUGAAGAGCAUCUGAGCCCUGGAGCUCUGAUUCAGACUCUCCCUCCUGCUCCCAAACCCAGCUGUCCCCCCUUCCCAACCCAGACCCCUCCCCA